AUGAGCUUCUCAUUCAAAUUCGAUUCGAAUUUCUCCCCCUCCACACCUGGAAAGUCACGAAACCCUCUUCGCAAUGGCUCUUUGACUCCAGCUCAACCGCCGUCUGCCUCUAACUCUUUCACUCCGCAAGGACCUCCCCCGUCUACUAUCUACGGUGGCUCCCAGAUGAGCGCGCGAUCCCCAGACAACUCCGGGAAGCCUAUCUUCAGCCAAUCUGAAUUGUUGAACGACAGCAUCUUCGGCUCCUCCGUGGACUCCCCCGAUUUCGCGUCCCGGACUAAAAAAACCGCACCGGCGAAACCGUUCUCAGAAUCCCUUUUCGACGUGUCGGCGGGUCCUCGAUUCGGAAACUCAAUGAACUGGGGCGUGUCGAAUGGUCCGCAGUCGUCGCGGAUGUCUGGUGGGCUAGGCUACGAGGCAGAAAACAAUGAGCCGAUGGAGGAGGAGGAGGAGGAGGAGUAUGAGGACGAGUUCAUCGAAGAGAGCAGAAGGACUGCAGGAUCAGGUGUGAACUUUUUCGAUUCUCAUAUAAGCAACAUAGCGCCCCAACCGUCGAUAUUACCACAACGCAAGUCGAUUUACUCGAAUCCUGAAUAUGCCAAACGCCCCAAGCUUGACGAAAAGUGGGCCGCGCAGUCGCCUCUGCGCAAAACAAAACUCUCCCCGAAGAAGAAUUCGCCUAUGCCAGCCAUUGUGCGAAAUCUCGCGUCACGAGGCGGCAAAGCAAAGGCAGAAGAGCCGGAUGAUUUGAUUAUUCAAACUGAAGAUGAGAUUUCCCGGAUGUACGAUGAAACAAGACAGGCACAGUACAACGACCAGUAUACGCAGGAGGUCAUCGGAAAGAUCUGCGCCGCGCUAUCCAAAGCGUGGUACAGUCCGUCUGAAAACAGAGGUGCAGAAAUUGGCCCUGGAGACAACGCGGCGAAUGCUACAAAGGCUGGCUUUUUGGGGUCGCUAUUACUGCAACUUCACCACCCACCACCCACCUCUACCAAAUCGGACAGUUUCCCCAACAAUUUUGGAUUCGCGGCGCCCCGUUCUUUGGUGUUUGGCAAUCGUUCUGAAGCACCCAUUCCCCUUCCAAGAGUGCUCUUGGAUUGGCUAGAGGCGAACGAUUCUCUGUUAGGUGACAUUCAAGCCCUGGCACAAAUUGGGCCUGACCCAACCGCGUCUUCAAACUUCUGGGAAAUUGUCAAUGCUGCUAUUUUACGAGGCCGAGUUUCGGAGGCAGCAAAACUUCUGCGGUCUUCUGAUUUUAACUACGCUCGCUCGGCGCUGGAGGAUGGUUUACCACAGGCCGGUUACCGUGGAGCGCAGUUGCAAAACAUUCAAAGGUGCAUCAACAAGAUGAUCCAAGUAUUGGAGUCUUGCCCCGGUGUUCAACACGAUGACUGGGAUGUUCGUGACGCAGAGUGGGCACUGUACCGAAAGCGAGUUCUGACCGCCGUGUCAGACUUGGAGGAAUUUGCCGAAGGAGAUGAACAGCCAGCACCAGCGCCAGCAGCGAUGGGCAAUCCAUUCCAAGCCGUCAACUUCGGGUUGGGCCCAAAUCCCACUCAGGGGACUUCAUUCACCGAGUCUGCCCGCAUGGCCGAAAGUCGGGUGCCGUGGACUAUCUACCAGAAUCUACGGUCGAUGUACCGAAUUUUACUCGGAGACUCGGCCGCUGUCAUGAAUCAUUCGCAGGGCUGGGUUGAAGCCACAAUUGGUUUAACCGUCUGGUGGGACGGCGAAGACGAUGAAGAGACCGCCAACGGUAGCGCUGGCAACUUCCUGCGUAACCGUAGGCCUACUACACGUUCAGAUCCAUAUCUUCGUCGUUUGAACUUGGCUUUCAGAAGCGCAACCGACACUGGGAACAACCAGGGUUUCCGCAUCAAUGCGCUCAGCCCAAUUGAAGUUGGUCUGGGGUCCGUUUUCGAGGGUGAUGUUGAGGGAGUACUAGAAUUAUUGCAGACCUUGUCUCUCUGUGUGGCUUCAGCUGUGGCAGAGGUGGCAUCCAUUGGUGGCUGGCUAGACACGAAGAGCAGUGGUAGUGCACCCUCUGGGCUGAGUGAGGAUGACCUGAUGGUGCUCUCAUACGGCCAAAACGAUAAUGCAUCUACCCGUGGUGUCAAUAGAGACGACGUGCUUAGCGCAUAUGCUGCGGGUCUAUCUGAGAGACACGCUAUUCGGAAUGCAACUGGAUCUCGGGAUGGAUGGGAGAUUUCGCUGGAAGUGUUAAGCAGGUUAGAUGACAACCAGAAGAUGCAAAAGAGUGUCUCGGAAUUGCUGGACAAACUUCCCCUCGACACGGCGGAACAGAUGGACAAGGUUGUCCUAUUGUGCUCGGAACUGGGGCUGGACAACGAAGGGCGGCGAGUUUCUGAGCGCUAUGGGGAUCUCACUGUUUCCAACUCGGAAGAAUAUGGGUUGGCAUUGAUUUGCUAUGCUCGUGCACACAACCGCCGGAAGGUCAAAUCUGUAGUCGACCUGCUCAUCUCCUACAGCCUCGUCCAUUCUCGGGCGUAUCCUGCUUCGAGAGAUCUGGAUGACCAGCUUCAGGCGUUGAUUCGGGAACCGAAGACGUGCCUGUCGGCAGUCGCAAGCGUAGACGAGGAAGCUGCUUCGAUCCUACAGUUUUACUUUAGUGGAUACGCGACGCUGCGGCGGUUCUACGAGACCCGCGACGAGGCAAUUGGGCUUCCGCACGGACAGAAGCCGCGCUACAAGCCGCUAGCUAGGCGUCGGGCUGCCGCACAGGCCCUGGUUGCAGUGAUCAGCAGUGCUGCGGACGGCAUCUAUGGAGGGCUCUACGAUCCGGAUCGCGAUUCCGCUAUCCAGGUGGACGGGCUGCUAGCUCUUCUGGGAGAGGCUCUACCUUUUAUCCACCCAUCGAUGUCUGUUUUGACGACCUCUCAGCAGUUUGCGGUACUGUCUGCGAUUGAAGAUCUCGAGACUGUUACACCCCGUGUCUACGCCCAAUGCGAGGAGUGUUUCCGAUCGACACUCCUCGAGUACUACUUUAAGCACGGAUAUUCCAGAAAGGCCACAGACUCAUAUGUGCAGCCGCCCUCACCGCGGGAACUACUGAGAAAGUCGGUAUCGUCGAUGACGGGAUCAAGCACCUUUUCACUUAUCGGCAGCGACAUGUUAGAGUCGGCGCGCACACACUCGUUCUCUGGGUCUGGGGAGGGCUCUGGUGUGCUUGUGCCUCGCAGCGAAGGAACUACAGUACAGACGGAGCGGGAGUGGGAUUGGCGGGCAGGAUUGACGGAAGAGACGACGGGAGAAGACGUCAUCCGGAUGCUGCGGUUGGGACUGGCGAGCGGGCUGAGCUUUGGGGCUCUGGGGAGGGUGUAG